AAAAUACGUCUCCGGCUUUUGUUUUCUACCGCAUUUUACACCCAGUGAACUUGUUCCUGCAUCACGUUAGAGAAAUAAACUGUUUUUGCCGGAUUUGAGAAUUGUUGUCGUGCGCCUGCGUCGGCUAAUUUUGUGGGUUUUUGAAAUUUUGAAAGUUCAGUGACGUGAGAGAGGGGUGAAAAUAAAACACCUGCUCUUCGAGCAUCAUUUCUCUUUCGAAACAAACACGGUCAAGGUGGUCCAUUUGCAUAUUCUCUCCUUGUGCAUACUAAAAUGCUGCCUAUCUUCUUCCUUGCUUCAUUCUUUCUUUUGGGAUGGGUGAACUCCCAGGACUGUCCUUACGAUAGGUUGAGUACGCAGCACACGUUCUGCCGGAAGCCCAACCCCUCCUGUGAUAUUCAUCAUUCUGGUGUUAGUAGAAAGCAUAUCGAGGAGAUUCUAAAGUUCCAUAACUUGUACAGAAGUGGAAUUGCACUGGGAAAAGAGACCAGGGCUAGAGGCGGAACGCUACCACAAGCUUCGGACAUGUUGCAAAUGGUCUGGGAUGAUGAGCUGGCAGCUAUUGCACAGAAAUGGGCGGAUAAUUGCGUUUACCAACAUGAUUGCAACGACUGCCGUGCAGUAGAGGAUUAUCCAGUGGGGCAGAACAUAGCCUAUCAAGACUGGUUGUGUUCGGACCAGCGAUGUUUGGACACCAUAACAGAAGAGGAUUUGGAACCGGAAUGGAAAAAGGUUCUGGAAGACUUUUAUAUGGAAGUGGAAGAUUUUGAUAAAAGGGUGGUGCAGAAGUUCCAACAGAAUCCAGGACAAGUCAUAGGUCAUUUCACACAAUUGAUAUGGUCGCAAUCUUGGCGAGUUGGAUGUGGUUUCACUGUUUUCAAAACCGGGCUAAAUUACAGAAGAUUCUACGUCUGUAAUUACGGACCCACAGGAAACAUUCGAGAUGCACCUGUGUAUAAAGAAGGAAACGCAUGUUCGGCUUGCCCAAUCAAUUCCUGUUGCGGCCAGUCAUGCAAAUCAGCCAUGGAAUAUCCAGGACUGUGCAAAAUGAAUGAUCCCAAUUCGGCUCCCGUUUAUGCCUUUAAUUCGACGGGAUUGAUGUUCAACUGCGAUGCUAAACGAAAUACUAGAGAUUGUGCCGCUAGAGUAUCAGGAGUUGACAAGUGGAAAUUCAAAAGCAACUUAAUUGGAAACUAUGUAUCCAUCGUGCUGGACGGGGGCGAAUCAAGCACCGUUAUUUUCAAGAACAAGAUUUCUCCCACCAAAAGCAACUUCUGCGUUAGGAUCGUCUUCCGGAAAGGCCCCCUCAAAGCUGGAGAGCCGGACCGAAGUCAUCUGAGUGCGGACUUCAACCCCACUGGCUACCUUCCAGUCCAUAUGGACCUCAGUUUGACCUCGCCUAUUUACGUGCCUUUCAGUCUGGAUCUGAGCUGGAAAGCAGACACCAAAUUUUCACUUACCUUCUCAGUCGAUAAGAACGCCAGUCCGCAGAUGUUGGAAAUCAGACAAAUCAUCGCUUAUGACGGCAAGUGCAAUUCAAGAACAUUUUGAAGAUUGUGAACUUACCAUAUCACCUCAGGGAACAUGAAGAUCUCAUUAAAAUUUGUUUUCGCUAUUUUUGGCGAUUUUGCUAUUAAGUUUGGCGAUAUUGUUUUGGCUGUUUUCUGUUUUGCUUCACUGUAUUAAUGCCCAUAUUGAAAACAAUUCAGAAAAUAAAUAUAUUUUGUCAAAUUA